AUGAGUGUACUCUGUAACAUAAACCUAAAUAAACCACCAGAAGCCGUAUAUCUACCUGGAGAAACUAUCUCAGGAAUCAUAAGAUACACAUUAAGAGAACCAAUGGAAACUGAGAGAAUAAUAAUAUCAUUGAAAGGUAUGGGGUUUCUAAAAUUAAUUUAUAGAGACAAUAGUAAUGACAAUAGAAGCAACAGAACCUAUAUAAGAGAUGAACUAUACGUAGACUAUGACGCAAUAAUCCACGAAGGAAACUGGACAGUACCACCAGGUGAUUACGAAGCGAGAUUUAAUUUCCAACUGCCACAAAAUAUACCACCAUCGUUAACAUACUCAGGGACUAGGAGACCAUACACUGUGUACACCUACAUUAAAUACUACGUACGCAUAAAAUUCGAAAGAUCAGGCUUGUUUUCUUUCUCUAAACAUUUCAGAAAGAAGAUUAUUGUGGCUUCAAGCGUCACUCCAAGUCUACCUAUGGAACCUUACGUGCAUACAAAGAGCCAUAAUUUGUUUAAUUUCUUCUCGAGCAAAAUAAGGACCAUACAUUUGAAAGGAAAUAUCUUAACUUCAGUCAUCCCACACGGAGGCAAAAUUCAAAUACAAUGCGACAUACAUAAUGACACAGACCUUGAUUUGAAUUGGGUAGAAGUCAAUCUAACUCAAGUUUACAAGUUUAAAAUAAUACAAAAUUAUAAAGAGAUCAGGUUCUUUGAUGAUGUCAAACCUUGUUACAAUAAAACUCAAGCUAUAGAACGUGGAGCCAAACACAAAGUUCUUUUCGAAUUCGAUGUUCCAUUUGGAUGUGUGUCUCUAGAACAUUCUGAUUUAGUGUCUAGAGAAUACAUAGUGACUAUCAUAGCUAAAGUUCCAAUGCCUCACAGGAAUGUUAAAUUGUCGAUACCAGUGCAGAUUGGUGAUAACAUGGUGUUCCGUCAUCAGGAGGUAGGCGAGGCUCCUCCAACUUACUGGGAAGCUAUGGGAGAAGGUGAAAAGGACGAUGAUGAUGAAAAGGAAUGA